AUGGUUCACCAACACUAUUUGAUUGUAAAAGAGAAUGACUUAACAUUUUCAAUUCAUACGGAACAUGCAGUGUACACCGGAAUGUCCGGUGGCUAUCUUCAACGAAGAGAUAAUGACAAGUUACCACCCGGAAUGAGAUUCACCCCGACAAACGAAGAACUCAUUGUGUAUUACCUGAAACACAAGAUUUUAGGAAAACCCUUAGGGCGUCACAUGAUUGCUGAUAUGGAUGUCUACAACUUUGAGCCUUGGGAUCUUUCCUCAUUCUCUCCAAUAAAAUCAAAAGAAAGGCAGUGGUAUUUCUUCUGCCCUAGAGGUACAUCUAAAAAGAGGCAGACAAGAGAAGUGAAUUGGAAGUACAGGAAAGGAAUUGAGAGGACAAAUUGGAUGAUGAAGGAGUAUAUACUCAAUGGGGAACCAACAUCAUAUCUUGGUGUCUAUCAAAAAACAUUCGUAAUAUGCCGAAUAUAUGAAAAAUGUGGAGCGGGUCAUAAAAAUGGAGAAACAUACGAAGCCCCUUUUGUGGAGGAAGAUUGGGAGGGCAAGUUUAAAACAAAUGAUGCAGUCGAACCAUCCACACUCAUGGCUACUGAAGUAGUUGCAUCUCACUUCGUUGCAAACAUGCAGGAUCCAAACGAUGAACACACUUUUUGGGAAAGCCUUUCAAACAUUCCAAGCACAAGCACGGCAUAUAAUGCUUCUGACAUUGGUCUCAAUCAGACAUUCAUGGAAAUGGAAGAAAAUGAUACUUUAACUUGCUGCUCGGAUACUUUAACAACUAGAUAUAAUUAUCAUGUUAUGAAUCGAACAAUUAGUGGUUUAUCUUGA